AUUUCUCCACGCCGUGUCGAUGCUCAAUCCGACGGACAUUCAGAUACUUGCUGUUGAGAUGGACUCAGCAACGGAAGGCCCGACAUCCCUUCCCAUGGACUGGGAUAGCCGUUUCGCUGAGAUCGUUCUCAAGGGGGUCGGCGUAUCGGACGCCGCUGGCGACCCAGACGCGACCCUUGGGGACAGCGACGACGAGCAGAUCUUCAUGGUUCCUGCCGUUCGUCCCCUUCUCGUCCGUGCCGUUCAUGGUGACUCCCUGAGGGUCAUUUGUCCUUGCCGACGCAAUGUGCGGUGCGAUCCGAACAUGACCGAGAAGCACGGGGCGCUCCUGCUACCAAUGGAUUUCGCAGACGUUCGGCAAAGUCAGGGCGGUGAGGCGGCUCCACUGAUCGAUGCAGCCGCUGGGCUGCGUCUAUGCGGGCCCGUGGCCUUCGCGGUUGCCUUCUCGCCGCGCGCGAAGAUGUUCCAUGAUCUGAACGCGGUGGAAGACAUGUGUGUGCCAUUGUGCUAUCCAGAGGCCAAAGAUCUCGUUGAACGAGAUGAUCAGAAGUUGCGCUCCGAGUUGGAUGACAAUUUCCCGACUUCUCUUCAUCGGAACGGGAUGUCAAGAGAUUUCAAUGGCACUACUAAUACGACUGUUCCCGACUUCGACCCUUCCAUCCUGAACGGGACGUACUUCGCCACUCUGAGCCCGAGGCAUGUCGAGGACAAGCUCACGUGGCACGUCUGCUAUGACCGGCGCCUCACUAUGCUGCAGGUUGUCCCCAUCCCUCAUGCGGGGUGCAUCGACUUCCUGGAGCCGGGUCAACAGAUCCUGAACAACGCCUCUGAGGACAGGUUGGACGACGUCCUGUGGCAGGGCGUCAAGGGGUCCCCCACCUGGGAAGACGACAUAUGCCUCGUCUGCCACCUGGGGCAGAAGACCCGCUACGGCAUGAUGGCCUGCGGCGUGUGCCACGAAGAGAUUCUCUACGAGGCGUCCCAGUGGCAUCCCAAUCGGCUCCGGCCUGCAGUGGAUUGGAGACAUGUCGGAAUGUGUAAGGAGUCGCCUCGGCACCCCGCCGCCGCGUUCCAUGAGCGUCGCUACUGCUCUGCAGUGGCGGGAAAGACGGCCACGUUGUCGGCAGAGAGGUCCGCGUUGGCCUUGGCCCCGUCAUCGCCGACAGACAGGCGCCCUGCCCAUGGCAACGAGGUGCGCGAGGGAAAAGGAGACAAGCGGGCGCGCAGAUGGCCACGCUAUCUAGAGUGCCGCCGCCAGCGACCUAUUGGCUAUAAUGCUACUUGCCCGUCGUGGACAUGGUGGGCAUACCUGUUUCGCCAUGUCGACCUGGCCGACGCGGGCACGGACGUGGGCGUCCUCGACGUCUUCGACUGGGGCGCCACGGACCCUGGCGCCCGUGAGCAGUUCGUGCUUAGCGUGGGAUGGGAUGGCUGGUGCACCGACAACCGAGAUAUCCUGCCAAGGGACUUAUGGGACCUCUGGCCACUGAUCCAGGAAGAUUCUGGCAGGUACUGGCCCCCCAAGGAGGUUCUGGCCGAUUUCGAGGAGGAAUAUAGAGAUGACGAAGACAACGUCCCGAGGGGAAAAGUCAACACCUCGGCCUCGGUCUGCCCUUCUGCCGCUGCCCAUGGCAAGCAAGGCGGAUCCCGCAGCCGCGCGAGGCGACUACAGACAGGAGACGCGCCUCGGGCAUUCGGUGGCAACGCCAUGCGCAAGCGUUCAAAGUCGCAUGCUCCAGAGCGCGAUGUCCACAACCCAGGCGACUGGCCGCGCUUUGAUUCUUACAGCAUUGCGAGGGCGGCAGAGGAAUUCGUGACAUACUCUGCUGCCGCCGACGAGCCUGAGGAGCAUCGUCGCGCUGGAGACGUCCCCACCUGUGCGGCGAGGAUCCGUGAGCUAUGGUUCGACCCGCCAGACUUCUGCGUCUAUGACCCCGACUCCCUCUCACAGAAGGCGAAAUGGAUGUCGGAGCAGGUCUACAGAGUGGCCAUCGAGCUCACCAAGGACUUUGCGUGGACCGAAAUUGACCCAGAGACCGCGGGUGAGGGCGCCAUGCGGACUCAUCUUGCGGAGGUCGGACAGUGCCGAGCUAGCUUGGUGAAUGAAGUUCACGUGCUCGAAGCUCAUCGUGACGUGCUGGACCUGGUCCACCGCGACAUGCACCUGAAUCGGGCUGAUGUGCCGCCUAUCUCGAUCGACGCCCACAAGAUCGAGGCGUGCAUGCAGUGCCUGGGGCAAUCGGAGGCCAGAGCGCGCAGGCGCGGAUUGCGCAUGGCGCCAGACACCUUCCAGCGCGCCUCGGUCGAUAGGUGGCCGCUGCACGUGUCCGAGGCAGCUGUGCGUGCCCUCGCCAUAUUGGGGCGGCGCGGAGUAGCGGCGCUCGACCCUGAUCGAGAGCGCCCAACCUCGAUGUUGCCCAUGUCACCCGCGGAGACGGGCAAGGGCAAGCGUGCCCGCGCAGAGGCGGGCGACCGCGCAGCGUCCCCGCCUUCGGCGAAGGCGCGGCCACGCCGCUACUCGGACGCGCGCGAGCCG